UUCUGGUUGCGAAUUUGCAGAAUUGUUUAUAAACAAAUAAAAAUUAGUCUUAAAUUAUAUUUAAGUAUAGGAUAUUGAUUAAUGAAACCCUGAUUUUGUGAAAUACUAGUGUUGCUUAUACAGAAAAUGUCGGGAAAUGGGUUUAACAAAAUAAUCGACUGUCUUCAGAGGGAUUCAGUGGCUACUUAAAGAAAUUAGCGAUAUACAUAUUGUUUUCUGUUCGGUGGCUACGUUUUAGUUGAGUUUGUGUGUGAACAGUAAAAAAUGCCUUUCAACCCCUUUGUGAAAUAAUGCUGUUGUCAGUUUUAUAUUUUUUCGAUGUAUACAACGAUAAAAUGGCUUUAUUCGAGUUCGGAUAAGUAAUAAUGUGGUGUAAUAAUGAUAAACAGUAAUUUAUUAAUUAACUUCAUUUAACUAAGAAGUUAUGAUCUAGGAUAAAGUUUCAACAUUCCAAGGUGAUUGUAAAAGAAAGAUGUACUUAAGAGAAACUGUGCUUUAAUUCGGAAUUUAAGUGUUGUGAAAAAAUGUCUCAAAAUCCUCACAAACCAGUGCAAAAAAUGUGUAAAUCACCGAAAAGUUCAUCCUACCAAACCAUCAAACAGGAGAAGAUAGAUUAUGAGAAUUUAAGCACCAACUGCACUGUGGUUGGCUCAAAUAACCUCAAUCUUGUUAAGAAACCUCAGAUAGUAACCAGCAUGUCUCCGGCCUAUUCUAAUCCGAGUCCUGGUUAUCCCCCUUCGCCAUAUUCGUCACCAGCUAGUUUGAAAUCACCUUCCCCAUCUCUCAAGCCUCCGACACCCCAACCUAAUUUUCCCGUCAUGCAGAUUAUUCACAACAACUUGCUGGCAAGGCCUAUGCAGACCUCACAACCGCAAAAUAUUAUAAAAUUGAAACCUCAUCUCAAUAUUCUACCGAAACCAUCAGCUAGUCCUCAGCCGUCCCCUAAGCCAAGUGUCAGCCCCCAAAUUGUGAUACCUACGAACCACCAACAAACGGCAACUAUAAUGCCGACUGCACAGCCUCUGCUCCUCAACCAGAUGCCGAUGCUCACCACGCCAGGCGUUCAGUUCAUCCUACGCCCUCAGGCAGCUACCAAGAUACAGCCGCAGAUGCAAACGGCUACAGCCCAAGGUUUGAUCUUGCAGCCCGGCGGGCAGCAACUCUUGCAAAUCCAACCGCCUAGAUCCCAGCCCAUGGUGAGGGUUCUGACCAACGGGAUGCAGCUGGCGCCAUCUACCACGACGUAUGUUACUCAGGUGGGCAAUCAGCAACCCAUCAACGCUACGCACAUCGCUCAACAACAAACAAUCGUAAACAACGCCCAUCACCACCAGCAGCAGAUAGUGCAGCAGCAGAUGAAGAGGAAGCCGAAGCACAAGGUGAAAAAGAAACUCGAUCUCGCUAACAUAAUGAAACUGUCCGGCAUUGGGGACGAAGAUGACAUCCAGUUCGAGAGUGAUACUUCACAGAGUGAGAGCGAACACAACUCGGUGCCGACGACGCCUCAGCCGCAACCUCAGCCUCAGCAGGUCGUGCAGAGCAGCACCGUGCAGGCACAGUCAAAUUACGUACACACAGACGCCAAGAAAAAUAUUCAGAAUAUACAGAUAUCGGCCAUGGCCCAGCCUACCAUAAACGCAACAGCUCCUGUAGUUCAGGUGCUCAACCAAAACUUCCAGAGUGGAAUGAUUUCAAACAGUACUUCCCAGGCAGCUACCGCACAAGCCAGCAUACCCUUCAACUCUUUCAUAACUCCCAAUUUUACCAUAAACAAUGGCCUCAUGCUUCAAAGGAGUGGCGGUUUUAAGUUAACAAUGGGGGAGGACGGAAGACUGGUUCUGCAACACGAUCCCACCUUAAAUCAAGAUCUCCAAUCUCAAAUAAUACUACAAAGUCUGCUGGGAUUAAACGGGGGACUGGUGUUGCAACCCUCAAUGGAUCAACAGACUGUGCAACAAACCGUUCAGACUAUUCAACAGCAAUCUGUACAGACCAUACAGCAGCAAACGGUACAAUCGCAAACUAUACAAACGGUACAACAGCAAACGGUGCAGCCGCAGGCAGUACAGCACACUAUACAAUCCCUACAACCGCAGAUUCAACAGCAGACUGUGCAGCAAACGAUACAGCACCAAACCGUUAACGCCCUGCAGCAACCAAUGCAAAUUGUACAGCCGCAGCCAAUACACAGCAUACACUCACAAGUUCAGCCCAUACAUUCUAUAUCUCAGUCUCAAGUGCACAGCUUGCAGUCUCAGAUUCAGGGACAGAUUCAGAGCUUGUUACAGCAGCAGAAUCAUGCGGUACAAACUCAAACGGUCCACUCGCACGUCCAGCCGCAAAACGUACAUUCGCAAGCCAUACAAAGUGUACAAAACAUGCACAACGUACAAAGCAUCCAAGGAGUGCAGCAGAAUGUGCAGAGUGUUCAGCAGAAUGUACAAAGUGUUCAACAGAAUGUGCAAGCCAUGCAGCAGAAUGUACAAAGUGUACAACAGAACGUACAAAGUGUACAGCAGAAUGUACAAAGUGUGCAGCAGAAUGUACAAAGUGUACACCCUCAGCCAAUACAGUCUCCGGUGCACUCUGUGCAGAAUGUACAAGGUUUUAACUCUCAUCAGACGCAUACCCAGACCCAACCCGUUUUGAAAGUGCAACCAUUUCAAAAGUCUCAACCACCCGUACAAACCGUGCAACCGAUUCAGCACCAUUCUAUCAACCAACAGCAACAACAACAGCAGCAGCAAGUUCAACCGUCACAACAGCACAACAUUAACGAAAAUCAACAAAACCAGAACAAUCCACCACCGACAUCUUACGUGGUCAACCUAACGCCGGACCAGUUAGAACAGUUGAAGCGCAACGGGCAGUUAACAGUUAACGGUCAAACUAUCUUCAUGCAACGCCCUAACAAGGAACAAAACGAAAAGAAAAUGUCUCCCAAAUCCAAGCCGGUCAAGAAGGUGAACAAAAUCCAGAGCAUAAAGAGUUUUCUGCAAGACAACGUCAACGAUUCCGUCAAAACCAGCAACAACACGGAACAGAUCAAGGAAAACGCUAGUAAACCCAUAGUUAGUGCCUUAACAGCACCUCCGAAACAUAUUCUACCUCAAAAUCACGUUCAACCUCAACCCAUUCAAAGCAAACCCAUACAGCCCCAGGCGAUGGUCCAGCCGCAGGCCAUGGUCCAACCUUCUGUCCAGAACCAGCAGAAGGUGCCCAUGGAACGCCCUAAACCCAUGCCGAUAUCCCCGCAAACCCCCAAACAGCAGAAGGUCGCCCCUACCGUAAUCGCACACCAGUCGCAGGAUUCGAACGGCAGCAAUACCAACCCCGACGUGGAUAAGCUUUUAGGUCAAAUCUUAGAGGAGUCUAGCAGCGUGAAUAAUGUAGCGGGCAGCGGCGUAGCCCCGCCGAACCCCCCCGCUCAGCCGCAGCAAAGAAUCACCACCAUACAGUUGACGCCCCAGAAACAACAGCACUUAAAGAGCAUACAACUGCAGAUCCAGACGUUAUCGGCCAGGAUGAAUCAGGGAGACACGACGGAAGUACAGAACGCCUUGAAGCUGCUGUUCGCGGAGCAGCAGAAGAUUUUGGCUUCUGGGAAACUAUUACCGCCCGACAAGGUCUAUUACCACAACAAUCAACUUACUAUCGUGAAUCCGUCCAGUCUAAAUCUGCCGUCGCCGGUUCACGUGAAGAGCGAGCCGCCGCCGAGUCCGAGUCCAGUGCCGGUUUUAUGCAACAGUCAGAGCAUCGUCAGGAGUACCAGCGUGGAGACACAGUCCACUAGUAGUCAUCAGCCCGUCACGACACAAGCACAUGCGGUACCGAGGAUAUCCGUAUCCGUACCGUCUACCGAGCAUUCGUCAACACAAACCGUACACCACCACCCUCACACCCAUCCCUUAACCCACUCCCAUCAUCCUCACCAACACGCCAGCCAAACCAGCCAGCAUCACAACCAUGCGAGUCAUCAAAGUCACGCGGUCCAGACGCAUCAGAUAUCGAAUCAGCAAAUCAUUGGACACCAGGCUCCGCAUCAUCCGAACCACGUUCCGGCGAGCCACCAGAACCAUCCGAAUCACGUUUUAAACCAAAGAUUGGGCGCCCCCCAGCCUCUACCCCAAGCCAGCGUCCAGCAGCAACAGCACCAACAACAGCAACAGUUGCAGCACCAGCAGCAGCAGCAGCAGUUUCACUCUCUAGCGAAAAAGGCGCACCUGAUCGAAACUCAGUUGAACCUGGACCAGAACGGAGCAAUAAAGCCGGACAUACACACGCCAUUCCGUGACAAAAAGGACGCUUGUAUUCGACUAAUACGGUACCACUGCCUGGACCAGCCGGUACUCUCGGAGAAAGACUUAGAUAAGGCUGACGAGAUUUUCGAAUUGACUGCCCGACACUUUAUAGGGAAAUACGCCAAAAUGGUGGACAAGUACAAAUAUCUAUUGAUGAAGGAGAGCAUGAGACAAGUCCAAACGUCUGAAUUAAUGAUGCUGGACCGUAUGUUCCUCGCCGAAGAGCAACAGUCCCUCAUAAAACUAAGACAGGACUACGAGAACGAGCUGCUGAACCUCCCUCUCGCGGUACCGGACCCCCCUAACCCACCCAUGAACGAGGCGGGUCAAGUCCUGGGCCAACCGUUGGGAUCGGAGCCCCCGCCCGAAGAUUACGACGAGUGGGCUUGCAUCCAGCGCGAACUGGGCUGCCUCCCGCAGAGCGAACGCAGCCCCAGCCCUACCAAGGCUCCCGGACAUACGGGUGCUGUAAAUCAGCCGCAGCAACCUCAUCCGGCGAACUCUAGUGCGCAACAUUCGAAGCGUUCGGCCAGCAGUGACUCGCGUCUGGAGACACUAAAGAGGUUUCGCGUGGACAAGCACAACAAGAAACCCUCAGAUGUACAUAUAUCGAGCGGGAGUAGUGUACAAAGUGUUAUAACUAGUGUUCAGAGUACUUUUUAUACCCAGGCGAAGGGGGCGCAGUCGCAGCAGUCCUGCAGCUACGAGAACUUGCAGAACAGCAGUUAUUCCUCGCACGAGGACAACGAGCCGGAGAAUAACAGCAUCGACGAACAGGUACAGUCAGCGAUAGAUUCUAUCUUGAAUUUGCAGCAGAACACUGCGUUAGAUUUGGAUAGUAUUUUGUCAUGACAUCAUAUUUAGGUACGGUUGUAGGUCGGCGUUGUCCUGGUGUAUUCGAAAACACAAUCUUUUUUAAAAUUCCCGAUUUUUAUCUUUUGAUAUAUUCCUCGUAGUAGGCAAAAGCGAAAAGCAACAACGUUACUGUCUUCCAUAAACUGCAAAUCUACAACCGUUACGUGCUAAUUUAUAGGUAUCGAUUGUAAUUUCACAAGAAUCGGUUGUAAAUUUACAGGUGCCAACGUUAAAUUAUGGAUAGCAAUAGUAAUUUUACAGGUACAAUUGUAAUUUUGCAGGUAUCAAUUGAGAAUGCUUUGGCAAAAUUUGUAAAUUUACAGGUGUCAGUUGUAAAUUUACGAGUACCAAUUAUGAAUUAUAGACAAAUACAAUUUUACAGAUGCGUUUGUAAAUUUGGAGGUGUCGAGUGAAGGUUUAAAGAUGACAGUUUUAAAUUUAAAGGCAUCAAUAGAUUUACGGAUGGCAAUUGUAAUUUUACAGGAGUCGCUAGUAAAUUUACAGGUGUCACAUGUAAACUAUGAAGGGCAAUUGUAUUUGUACAGAUGCAGUUAUAAAUUUGCGAGCGUCAGUUCUAGAUUUACAGAAUGCAUUUGUAAUUUUACAGAUGUCGGUUGUAAAUUUACUAGUGCCAAUUAUCAGUUGUAGACAAUUAUAAUUUUACAGAUGCAUUUGCAAAUUUAAAGGUAUCGAGUGAAGGUUUACAGAUGACAAUUGUAAAUUUAAAGGCGUCGGUUGUAGAUUUACAGAUGCCAAUUGUAAUUUUACAGGUGUCGCUAGUAAAUUUACAGGUGUCGCUUGUAAAUUAUGAAGGGCAAUUGUUUUUUUUAUAGAUGCAGUUAUAAAUUCGCGAGUCAAUUUUAGAUUUACGGGGUGCAUUUGUAAAUUUACAGGUGUCAAUUGUAAGUUAUGAAGGACAACUGCAUUUUUACAGAUGCAGUAGUAAAUUUACAGGUGUCCCUUUUAGAUUUACGGAAUGCAUUUGUAAUUUUACAAGUGUCGGUUGUAAAUUUACGAACGACAAUUUUAAUUUUACAUAUAUCAAUUGUAUUUACAAGUGCAAACUUGGAAUUAUGAAUAAUUGUAAUUUUACAAAUGCAUUUGCCAAUUUACAGGUCCAAAUUAUGGACAAUUGUAAUUUUACAGGUGUCACUAGUAAAUUUACAAGUGUCAAUUGUGUUAUGAAGGACAAUUGUAUUUUUACAGAUGCAGUUGUAAAUUUACAGGUGUCAAUUGUAGAUUUACGUAUUGCAAUUGUAAUCUUACUGGUAUCAAUUGUAAAUUCAUAGAGAUUUGCAAAUUUACAAGUUUCAGUUGUAGUUUUACGCAUAACAAUUAUAGUUUUACAAUAGUUAGUAAAUUUGUGAUAUGUUUCCAAACUAGAUCUAUUUUCUCAAUCACGGCUGUGAAUUUUCCAUUAGCAGCUACAAAUUUUAUGCUUCUGUAAAGUUACUACUAUGAGCUAUCGAAUCAUAAUGUAAUAAUUCAGUUGCCAUCUGUCGGUUGCGCUGGGUUAAAAUAUCCGUCAACGGUAGGCAGCUAUUAACUUUAAUUUAUAUUCGGAAUAGUGUAAUUUUACAGAUGGUAACUGUUAAAUUUAUAGCGAGAAGAGUCGAUCGUAAUGCGGUUGCUCCAAGCUUUGAACCCGAUCGUUUGUUCAUUGUUUUUAAAUGUGACGAUUUUAAACGGAGCGCGAGAUUACCGACGGAUAUACCAGGACAUCUGUUAUUUUUACACAAAUGUGAUUUUAAUUCAUUACAGAGUUAUUUAUAUUUUUACAGAUUGUCGAUUUAUUUUUUUAGUACACCUUGUUUUGCUCAAGCUUUUCGUCUGACAUCACCGACAAAAGGUUUUCAGGCUGUUUUUUUAAUAGUUAAAAAAAAGUAAUACGUAUUGUGAUAAAUCUUGUGAGUAGCAGCUAUAUAUUUAAUUUAUUUAACUACCACGUAAGGCCUAAUUUAUUCUAUUUAUUAUUCUGUGAGUGCAAUAUAAUAAAAAAAAUUGCAGCUGCUUUUUACCUCUUUGGCGAAAGUAUAAGGAUCAGUCAGAACGAUCUCAGUAUUGUGUAUUUUUGUUAGAACAUUUUGUUAUUUCACUUAAACGAUUAACUAGUCCCGUACAAAAUUUUCAGCAUCUACAUCAGUGGCCCACAUAAGGAUAAGACUAGCCGAUGUCUAAGUUGCAUAAAAAAUGGCCGUUCUUUAAACGUGUAAAUUUCUUGUAAAUAAAAUACUCAGAUUCAAAGCAGCAACUUGUGAACCACUAGAAGUCUCGAAGCCUACUUUGAUUUUGCAUACUACAGGGUGUUAAAUAAAUCGUGUCAUAUUUCAGUGAGAAUCUCAUUAAUAAGUUGAGUUGUAUUUGGUUUUAAAUCUAUCGGAAAUAGGCCAGUAAUUUUAGCAAUAAUAAUUGAAUAGUAAUAAGCAUUGAUGGUGCUUAGAUGUGUGUAAAUGUACAGUUUUAGUUUUAAUCGCAGCUUUUUAAUUGUCUCGUGUACGCCAGUAUUUCUUCUGAAAAAACAGUCUGUCAACUUUCCAUCAGAUACAUUUUUUCCAGUGUCCAACAAUUUGUUUUCAUUAUUCAUCGAAAGUCGAUAAAUCAGUGUUCUUUACAAAUGUUACGUCUAAAAUUGAUUUUUAUGCUGGUUCUGAUCACUCGAGUGUAUAAGAAUUUCCAGUACGAAAUAUUUUGGAAUUGUACAGAAUUUAAUUAAUUUAGAAGUCAUUGAAUUCGACCAAAGUUUGCUGGUUGGCGAUUUAAAACGAACACUAGUUUACGUUGUUGGCAAAGAUUGCGGAUGCUCUUGAAAAUUAUAACUAAUGACUGUUAUCUUCUGGUAUUCAUAGAUUUCUUGCCCUGCAAUCAGACAUCUUGUACAAAAAAAUCAUCUAAAAUUUUUUUAGUAGUCUUUUAUCACGGUUUUUGUAAAGGUUUUACAGGAAAAUCCUCCUAUCAGUUAAUUGGUACGAUUAGACGUAAUUAUUUAUUUUUUAUUUCGUGUAAAACGGUCUUUUUAGGCAUUGUCCGACAUGUAAUUUAUAAACCGAUUGUUAUUUUUUUGUGUUCAGUAAUUUCUUUCUAUUGAUUAAUCCGUAAGCCCUGUACAUAAUUAUUGUAGUACACUGUAAAAAAUUUUAUUGUAUAUACGUUUUAUUUAUAUGUACUUAGAUUAUUUUUA